AUGAUCGGGCUGGCAAGCCUGCUGCGUUCCAGCCUGAGUUUACACGAUGGAAUCAUGCAAGAGCGCAUGAUCACACCGGCAAUCCUGAUGCUUUUCUACCUGAGCUCGUACAAGAACACAAUAUCUUGGGAAAAGCUAGUGGAAGAGCUGGAAAGUCGUGGAGUCUUGCUAAGCGAAGAGAAAAAAAUGUACGAAGAGAAGCUUCUGGCUGAAGCGCAAGCUCGUGAGGAGGAACACAGCCGUUAUUUGGUGCGAAAAGCUUUGUUAGCUUUGAAAUUUCAUUUACAUGUAGAUUUUAUUCAAUGA